CUCCUAUGUAUUGAUUACAGAACAUUGUUUAUUUGUUAUAUAUAUAUAUUUAAGAUACAAAAGUUUGAUAUUAUAAACAAAAUUGUUACUGUUGUAAAUAAAUUUUUGAUCUUUUUAACGAGAUAAAAUGUCUACUCGUUGGUACCCCUUGUACCAGAAAGGUAAUCCACAACUCAGAAUAUUUCUUCCAAACUUUUGGUUGAAGCUUAUAAAACCAGAACACAACCAACCAAAAAAUGUAGUAGAGUUUCAGUGUUCUAUGGAGAUGACACGAUUGGACGUGAAGAAUUAUUUAGAAAAAAUUUAUAACGUACAUCCUGUUCAUGUGCGUACUAGGAUUGCUCUUGGAAAAACUUAUAUACCUACAAGUUUUAAAUUUGUUGCUAAAAAGGAUGACAUGAAAAUAGCUUAUGUUACUCUACCUAAGACUGAAACAUUUACAUUUCCGGAUAUAAUUCCCGAAGAAGCGGAAGAUAAAGAUGAAAGAGGAUUGCACGAAGCAGAACAAAACUUUAAGAACUUUGCAGAAAGGAACAAAACACCUGGUUUUCCCAGUUGGUUCAUGACGUAAAAUAUCAAACGCAAAUUUGCUAGUCUGACGACUCAAUAUUCACUCAACAUAAAACCAUACGAUUUACAUUUGGGACAUUGUGGAAUGUCAAACAAAAAAACUACCUGUAAGAAAGGAAUGAAUAAUUAGGAGAAAUUAACUAAUAAUUACAAAGGGUAGAAUGAAAAUUUAGAUAGAAAGAGUAGGUGCAAGUGAUUUCUUCUGCUUUGUACUUUGUUUAAAAGUAUGAUAUAUCAAAGACAACAUACCUGUGGAUGAAUUGGACAAAAAUAACGUACUCUGCCCUUUGUCCAGUAACCACAAACAUUACAUAGCACGAUAGUAUAUGGUCUAUGGCAAAGGCACCUAUCCGCAGGUAAAUUGCUUCGAGCUAUCCCUCUUCCUCUGGCCACUCUUCUUUCAUAAUUAUUGUAAUUCAAAUUGGCAUUCAUUUUGAUCGUCUAUUCCUAAUUAAAUCAUUCAAUGUUCACUAUCCAAUAUUUACAGCAAAAAUAUUUUUUAACAAGAUAAUAACAAAUAUAAUACAUAUAGUACAAUAUAUAUAUAUAUAUAUAUAUAUAUAUAAUAAGAACAAUUUGUAUGUUCCUUAUGAAAUAUGUCCAAUAUUAUAGCAAACAGAGCACAAAAGAAAACUCGUUUCGAUUUAAUUGAUACUUUCUAAAAUGUGUUUGGUUCACGUUAAUAAAUAUAGAGUUGAUGAAAGACGCAUUUCGAAUCGUAAAUUCAUGACACAAAUACCUAUGCGCAAAUAUGAUUCACUCGUAUAGCUACGACACUUUUGGUGCUCUCAAGCAGCGUUUAAUUUCCGGUUCGCAAGUAAUAAUCGUCUCUUUGUGACUCGCUUUUAACGCUUAAUUCGUAUCGUUUCAACAAAAUAAAACGAUACUCGUAUCUACGCAUCUAACACGUGUAAGAGGACUUGUUACAAGUCCCAGAAAAUGAAUCUUGUCAAUGAUAACAGCAAAAAGCCAAAAUAAAAUAAUUUAUAAAACCUUU